CCGGAUUAAUCAUGCCUCUGCAUCCUAUCUCAGGGCUCCGCGAGCCCGACGAGCCUAUGCAAGUCGAUGCAGUGGGAGGAGAGGCCCCGUCGAGUCCGAUGCAGAUGCAACUGAUGUCGUUCACAGUAGAAAAUCCUACAUUGGAUUUAGAUGCAUAUGCUAGCUGUUAUGUGGGCAUUACAAAGCUGAAGAGAUUGGUUUUUGUCGCUAAACAUUGCCCAGCACUAGCGGUCGAUGCUCUAAGGCUGGCUCACACGGCUGUUCGUUCUACAUUUAAUACUCAGGCAUACAUUGAAAUUACAACAAAGCUUGGUGAAGCAAUGUCACAAAGGCCUGAUGUUAGUGCAGCUCAUGUGCCAGCUGUUGAUAUGCACUGGGUGGAGAUAACGAACAAGAAAGCAGCAUUAAAGUUAGAGAAGCUGGAUAAUGAUCUAAAGAAUUACAAAGCUAACUCUAUUAAGGAGAGCAUUCGACGUGGGCAUGAUGACUUGGGAGAUCACCAUCUAGAUUGUGGAGAUCUCAGCAAUGCAUUAAAAUGUUAUUCAAGAGCUCGUGAUUACUGCACUAAUGCCAGACAUGUGGUACACAUGUGUUUGAACGUAAUUAAGGUGAGUGUCCUUCUAUGCAACUGGUCUCACGUACUAAACUAUGUGAACAAGGCGGAGGCUUCACCAGAAUUAGUUUCUGAGAGUCGUGAUAAGCCGGGAAAUGCUGCUAUUGCAUCCAGACUGAAAUGUGCUGCAGGUUUGGCUGAAUUGGCCAACAAGAAGUACAAGAAUGCAGCUCGCUACUUCUUGCAAGUAUCAUUUGAUCACUGCGACUUCCCAGAUAUGCUGUCACCUAGCAACGUUGCCGUGUACGGUAGUCUCUGUGCACUGGCUACGUUUGACAGACAUGAGUUGCAACAGAAAUUAGUUGGCAGCAGUUCAUUCAAACAGUUUCUGGAAUUGGAACCCCAACUACGUGAUGUCAUCCAGAAAUUUUAUAACUCACAGUACGCUUCUUGUCUAAACACUCUCGCUGAAUUGAAGGACAACCUCAUGCUUGAUAUGUUUCUCAGUCAGCAUCUGGGAAAACUCUAUUCAUUAGUCAGGAGCAAGGCUAUGGUUCAGUAUUUUAGUCCUUAUUUGUCUGCUGAUAUGAGAAAAAUGGCUGUUGCAUUUAACUCGUCGGUAUCCGACCUAGAAGAUGAGCUCACUCAGCUUAUCCUCGAAGGUCAGAUCUCGGCUCGAAUCGAUUCACACAGCAAGACGUUGUAUGCACGUGACGUGGACGAACGCAGUGAUACGUUUGAACGGUCCCUCACAGUUGGUAGACAAUAUCAGAUGAGAACCAAGGCUCUGAUUCUUCGGGCGGCUCUUAUUAGACACCAAGUCAUUGUCAAGCCUCCUGCAAGGGACACUGGUGGGGAGGCGUCGUUAGCUCCGGGCUCUGCUAGUUCGAGAUAGAGACAUUUUGGACACGAUUCUGUGGUAUGUGCUGCUGUUACUCGUACAGCCGUAUUGCCAGCCAAGUGUAGUGUGAUUUACACUAAAUAAGAUCGGGUUUAACUGACUUGUUUGUGAAGCAUUUACAGUUAAGUGUAUACACUUAGUACUACAGUACUGGA